GCAAUGCGUCAUGACGUAGGAGGCUACGUCAGAUUGCAGAUGAACCAACCCGGAAGUACAACGAGAGCAGCUCCUGAAAAUGUUUACGUUCAGUUUAACGUUAAUACGACAUGGAGAGACACAGUACAACAGGGACAAGCUGCUGCAGGGUCAAGGUGUGGACACUCCUCUGUCGGAGACGGGUUUGCUGCAGGGUGAAGCAGUAGGACAGUACCUCAAGGACAUCACAUUCAGCAAUGUGUUUGUCAGUAAUCUGCAACGGGCUGUUCAGACGGCGGAAAUGAUACUGAGGAACAAUACUCACUGCUCUGGUAUGGGGAUGGUUCUGGAGCCGUUGCUCCGAGAAAGAGGUUUUGGUGUCGCUGAAGGGCGUCACAAAGAGCAUCUGAAGAACAUGGCCAACGCUGCUGGACAGUCGUGCCGGGACUACACGCCACCGGGAGGGGAAACUUUGGACCAGGUGAAGCUGCGAUUUAAAAAGUUCCUCAAAGUCCUUUUCAAGCAAAUGCUGGAUGAGCACAGCUUGUGCGCUGGGGUGUCAGCAGACAAAGGUGCUGCCGGCGCCGGCGCCGGUGCCGCCUCGGACGUCCCCCCCGGCGGCUCGGCUCACGACGGCCUCCAAGGAGCGUCGGCCCACGUUCUGGUCGUGAGCCAUGGCGCUUACAUCCGUGUGGCCAUCAGGCACCUCGUGGAGGACUUGAAGUGCGCCCUGCCCGCAGGGGUGAAGGUGUCGCAGUUGUUUUCGCCUUGCGCUAACACGGGCAUCAGUCGUUUCGUUCUCACGCUGAGCCGGUCCGAGUCCGGGCCGGAGCUCUCCGCCGCUCGCUGCGUCUUCACCAACAGGACGGAGCACCUGAAACACCUCACGGAGGCCGAAUAGGCUGAACGUGGACGAUCACGAACACUAAAGGGACGGAUUUCAGAGUUACACAAGGUAACUGUGUGAAACAAUGCACAAGGUAAAUCAUAGUACUGUGUUUUAACGUGGAUCAGUAUUCAGCAUUGUGUACUACUGUUGUGGCCGUGUGCCAGAAAGGACUCAUGUGUCAUACGUCGUCUUCGCAUCUGGUAAUUUAAUCUCGUUUUUAAUCUCGCGUUAAACCAAAGUCUGAAUUAUUUAUCGUGUUGCAGACCACUGUCGAUUUUUGUGGCAUUUUCAACCUGACGUGUGUGUGUGUGUGUGUCCCGUGUUUCAGUUGUGGUGCUGCUCGUUUCACUUGUGCAAUAUAACUCGACAACGAGCGAGUCGCUGUUGACUGACAUUAAAAUAAAGGAAAUAAAGCAUUUGUCACAGGAUGCUGUGAAACGUGUA